UAUAUUCAAGAUGGAGGAUUCCUGGGAAGUUCUAGCUCUUCCUCCAGAGAUCGAACAUUCAACACUCAGCCAAACAAACGGCUCCGAAGCUAAUAAUUCCACACCAGAAGAUGCAGAGAAGACCAAGCAGAACACCCCAAAACUCUGUGGUUUUCUAAACAAACAAGGAGAAAAGGGCUUGAUAAAGACAUGGAAGUCAAGAUGGUUUGUCUAUGAUGAAGGCCGUUGCAGAUUGUUUUAUUACAGAACGCCACAAGACCAUGUACCACUAGGGUUCAUUGAUGUUGCUAAUGCAACCCUCUCAUUCCAAGUAGAAAACCCUGAGAGACUCAAUCAGUUUGAUAUAUGUGUUGCGGAAAGAAACUACCACCUCCAGGCUAAAGACAAACAAACCAUGAUGUUCUGGCUACAGCAACUACAGGUUAAAAGGAGGGAAUUCAGUAGAAGGCGCACUAAAUUGGCCGUUCAAAAAAGGGAAGACAGUGUUGCAAACAUGCAAUCAACAGGUGGAUUGAUAGAGCAAGAAGAAAAGGAAAAAUCAAGCCAGGACAAACCAGAGUCCAACAAACCAGAAGUCCAAGUGAUGGAACCAGUGCCUCCCCCUGAAACAGUAGGACAAGAAGCAGCAAUGAAGUCCCCGUCAGGAGGGGGCAUGUUCAACUUGUCAUUGACCAAUAUUAGAACAGAGUUUAGAAAUAUGAGUGCCAAAAGGGUUUCAACUUUCUUCUCUGGAAAUCAAAGCUUAAAUAUCCCUCAAGUGGUGACAGAAGAAGUACAUGAUGAUGGUAAAACAGAUCAGGCUACAACAAGAAACAACCACACUCAGGAAGGGAGGACAGAACUACAACCGCAAAAUUCUUUCCAUAGCCACAUCAAGACUUUAGACAAGGACAACACAGCCGAGACAACCCAACCAAAUGAUGAUAAAACACAUAUUACAACAAACUCAAACACAGAGGCUGGGACAUUAGCAGGAACUUUACGAAGAAAAUUUGCAGCAAGUAGAUCUUCAAGUGCCCCAGUUAAUCCCAAAUGCCUGGAAUGUGAAAGGUUGCAUACGAUGUUAGAUACUAGUGAAGCACAACUAGAAUCAGCUAGAGAAGAAAUAACAGUGAGACAAGAAGUGAUCCUCAAUUUGCAUGAAUUACUAAGACGGUUUCAGCUUGAAAAAGAAGAAAGCCUGCAGUCUGAUCAAAAGAAAAUGGAAGAAGAACUAAAAACAAACACAGCUUACACAAGAAAACUUGAGGAACAGUUGAAACAGUUAAAGGAAGAACACGAAAGCUCUUUAAAAGAGAAGGACAUUCAGCUUUGUGGACUAAUGGAACAGAUCCAGAUGUAUCAAGAAAUGACAGCAGUAAAAGACCAAGUUGUAGUUUCUUUAACAAACCAGCUUCAUAACCUUGAAAGUAUGUACAAGAACCGUGAAGGAGAAGAAGUGGGCGAAGAAAUUGAACCUGAAAGUCCAUCAUUUCGUGAGAGAGAGAACAUAAACAGUAUACACGAGAUGGGCAGAAUCAAGGAAGCCUGUCAGGCAUACGCUUUGCAAAACCGAUUCCUUAACAGUGAAAUUUUAGAAUUAAAUCGACUUCGACAAGAUGAUGAAGAAAGACUGCGCCUACAAGCAAUUAAAGUUGCAACUGCUGAAGCUGAGAUCUGUAAAUAUAAAUCCAAGUAUCUUUUGGUAUUGAGAGAAUUCCAGAGACCAAAGCAAGGUUCAGAAAAUGCUGGCCCAGAUGAUGAAAUCAUUAAUCGACUUUUACAAGAUGCUAUGGAGAAUGAGUCACUAGAUAGAGCUACAUUGUCCAGAUCAGUUGAGCUAAAGACCCUAACACGCGCAGGAAUCCCCCAUCAAUAUCGUGCCCAAAUAUGGAAACAAUGUAUCGAGGUUUACGUACGCGAAACCAAGAAGGUUGCUGGUAAAGAUUAUUACACGAAGAUACUGGCAUCCAUGGCGGGCAAGUUCUCUCCUGCUGCCAAACAAAUUGAGCUGGAUUUGUUACGGACGUUGCCUAAUAACAAACACUACGAUAAACCAGACUCUGAUGGGAUAGACAAACUACGCAGGGUACUGCUAGCAUACAGUGGACACAACCCCGAAGUUGGCUACUGCCAGGGAAUCAAUCGUCUGGUUGCCAUAGCAAUGCUGUAUUUGACAGAAGAUGAGGCAUUCUGGUUUCUUGUGGCAGUCAUUGAACACAUCAUGCCUAAGGACUAUUAUUCCAAGACAUUACUAGCAGCACAGGCAGAUCAACGUGUACUAAAGGACCUACUGGCCGAAAAACUACCCAGAGUUAACACACACCUGGAAAAUUUAAGUGUGGACUUGUCCUUGAUCACCUUCAAUUGGUUCUUGACCAUAUUUGUGGAUAGUUUCCCUAUAGAGACGAUUCUCAGGAUUUGGGACUGCUACUUCCUUGAGGGCAAUAAGGUGCUUUUCCGGUAUGCUUUGGCCGUGUUUAAAACUAAUGAAGAACAGAUAUUGAAAAUAGAAGAAGCCACAGGAAUAUUUAACUACAUGAGACAAGUACCUGAAAGAAUUGCUGAUCACCAUGCAUUAACCCAGACUGCAUUUCAAGGGCUCAAUCCAUUCCCAAUGCAGAAGAUCAAAACUAAACGAAAUUAUUACCUGGGAUUAGUGCAGAGUGAACUAGACGAGCUUGACCGAUUACGUGCAGAUUACGUCAUGCAACGUGACGACGACAAGGAAGGAGAAAUACUAAGUGAAAGUGAGUUAACGACAGACGACUAAGUUGAUAAAUAGUAUUACAUUGUCAUAAUUGUUGUGAUACCAGACAUAUCACAGGUAGCCCAAGUUGUAGUUACGGAAUUGAAUCUAUAGAGGAUUAUGGUGGAUUAUUAGUAUUCAAAGUAACGUUCGCAAACUCGCAACGAGUGACAAAAAAUUUAACUAGCUAACUUGCGAGUAUGACCACAAUCCAGGAAUUGAAGGACUGAAAAACUUAGAACCCGCAUCAAGUAACUUUUGCUAUUCACCGCGUCCGAUCGCUAGUGACUUUCAAAUUUUUACAAAUGAGAACAAAACUUACUAGCAAGGUUUUUCUAGUCGGUUUAAAAGUUAAUUUCGUGCCCUGAACACCUCCUAACUUUAAAUAUGGAUUUUUGGCAAAAUUGUGAAAUUUAAAUCUCGCGGAAAUAUGUGACCUCGAAUGAAAGUUUAAUAGUUAUUAUUUAAGGUAAAAUAAUGUAAAAUAUUAAUAAUGUAAAUAAUGAAUAAUAACUUGAUCGUUAUCUAUUAUAAUAAUAGUGCUUUAAUAUUUGAAUAGAAUUGAUAAGGUAUGUUACUAUAAGACAGUUGAUAG